UAAUGAAUUGUGGGAAAUAAAACGCAUUCUAGGCUAUCACUAUAAGUUGUACAAUUAUUUCUAUGACUUUAUCUUUAAUACAUUCACUAUGUAUACUCACUAGUUUCGAACAUAUCUAAGGGAUAAAUUACUGGAGAAGAUCAACAAUAAUACUGACAGGAUAUAAAUCAGUGUGAUUUUUUUUCUACUUUCACUUUCAUUUAUUAGCUCUACAUCCGACAUAUUACAACUUCCGGUGAAGUUACCGCGAAAAUCAACAUUGAAGUUAUAGAACUGAGAGAAAAGCACACAGACAACAGUGUAAUAUUUCUAGUGCAAAUAUGGAGACAGUUGAUCUGAACAUGGAGGAUAUUUUUGAGGACCAUGGAGAUGAUUUUCCUACUGUGGGUCCUUUGCCAGACCUUCCAGAAGAAGAUGGGAGUGUAGCUCACCAAGAUAAUGAGAACGAGGAUGAUGCAGAAAAUAGUGAAAUUCUUUCAAAGCUGAAAGAUUUAUCAAAAGGAGCAGCUAAAAAAGUGGUUCGGAAGCCAAUUCCAAAACUGGAUGCUACAAGAUUGUGUGGUGAAAGGGGAAUACCUAUCCUUCCCAAAACAUUCCAGGGUAUCAAGUUCAAGGGCAAAGGUCAUGAGGCAAAAGACUUAGGGGUGAUCAUGAGGUACCUUGAACACUGGGCACACAGGCUGUUUCCUAAAAUGCCAUUUGAUGAAGUUUUGGAAAGGAUAGAGAGACUGGGUACCAAAAAGGAAGUACAGUCCUGUAUAAAGAGGAUGAGACUUGACAUGCCCAUACUUUCAAGUGACUUUGUUCCGGAGGCUGAUAAUGAGGAUGAAGAUGAACUGACCAAUGGAACAAACCAAAAUGGCGGAACACAGCCUGGUGUGAAUCGAGAUGCUGAGGAGGUUUGGGAUGAAAUGAUCCGUGAGGAAGAAGAAGCAAUGAAUCGGAUACCUACACCAGUGAAGACAUCACAUCUCAGGACAGCUCUCUCCCAGCCAGACACGCCCACUUCCUACUCUACCGACAGCAGCCACACCCCCUCCACACCCACUACUCCACACACACCCGUUAACAAUGUCAGCAGUAGUCUGGCCAUGGGCCUCACUCCUGAACAGGUUGAGAGGAUGGAGAGAAAUAAAAGACAAGCAAUGGAAAAACGCAACAAAGGAAAAGCUGUAUUUAAAGUUCCAGCCACACCCACAUCUACCCAUGGGUCACCUCUUAGUCAAACAAAGACCACACCUCCUGGAACAGUAUCAAACUCACUGGAAAACGGGAUGUCGGCAACUUCCACAGACAGUGAUGCAAUGAGUGAAGUCAUCUUACAGCAAGACAGAGAAAAAUCAGUCAAAAGCAAUGUCGCGCCGCUCACAGGAAAAUCAGUCGAGGCCGGCAGUGUCACGCCACUCACAGGAAAAUCAGUCGAGGACAGCAACGUCACGCCACUGGCAUCAAACUCAGUCGAGGACAGCAACGUCACGCCCCUGGCAUCAAACUCAGUCGAGGACAGCAAUGUCGCACCACUCGUAUCAAAAUCAGUUGAGGACAGCAAUGUCGCACCACUUGCAACAAAAUCAGUCGAGGACAGCAAUGUCACACAAUUUACAGAAAAAAUGGAUGAGGAUAGUAACAUUACACCACCCACUAACAGCUCCAAUAGUGAUUCUCAGAUGAGUGAGGUGUUCCCUGUUAUAGACAAAGUAAAGCAGGGUAGCAGCACAUAUGACUCUAGUCAGGAAAUGAGUGAAGUUAUUCCCCUUGUUAGCAAUUUAAGGGGAGAUAAUUCUGGUGACUGCAGCCCAUCCAAAAUGAGGAAGAUAGACAGUGUAUAAACAGUUUUAUGAAAUUUAUUGUAACAAUGUACUGAAUUUAAUAUAUUUAUUGUUUUAUGUUUAUAUUUGUGCCCUUAACUUUCAGCAGCUUUGCAGAGUCUGUAGUUGGAAAAUUUUGAAGACCUUUCAGGUUUAGGAAAAUCCCAAAGGCCAGUCACAUUUCCUGUGUCUAUACUUUAAUAGUCAUUGUUUGUCUCUCCCGGUGAUGAAGAUGAAGCAAAUCAUUAAAUGUGGCUGAUGUGAGACUAAUGUUUCUCACAUUGUGGCUCAAUAUUCACUUCUCACGGCAAAUCAUGCUAGAUUCCAUAUCCUUUCACUAUUGGAAUUAUUCCAUGUAGAUGUAUUGGUUCAUCAUCAUCAUAAUAAAAUCGUUUAUAUAGCAUUUACUAGAAUACUCAGGUAAGUGGUAUUCAUGGAUAUUUCUUCAAUCUUCAUUACCAAUGGUCUAUCAGACCAUACUUUAUACUGUACAUGUAAAUAAUAAAUACUUGGAUUUUUGUUUAUUGUCAUCAGAUGGAUAUUUAUCUACAUGAGAUUGAUGUCCUGUAUCCCUAGUCCUACCUAACAUCCAAUAUAUGAUAAAAACUAUGAUGAUCUACAUGUAUUUACAGUAUAUAUAACAAGAUGGAAAUAUAUAACUUAGCAACACAAAUGACGAAGGAAGACAACUUUUUGACUUGUGUUCUGACCGGGCCAAGAUUUUAAUAUGUAUUUAUACUUGUAUAAGACCCUUCUCAUUGUGUAAAGUUCAGAUUUGGGGAGGACCUAUUUGUGAACCAUUAUAUGAUUAAUGAUGUAAAACUGAGGAUUCUUGCAAGGGCUUAUUAAAUAAAGUAACUACAAAUGCUUAACUUAGUAGAGUUUGGUUCCCAGCUGAAUACGUUUUGAUCAACAUAUUGACUUGAAGUUAAAGAAUGUUUAAAAUGAACCAUAGGUUUCCCUUUUAAGAUGUCUAUAUUUCACCAUGUAAUUUUAUCAGCAAAGAAAAAAAAAUUAAUCAGAUGAAAAUAAAGACUUUAACUCACAGUAGGAAUUCUUAUUGCAGGAAUGUUCUGUUUCUAAAGUCGUUUGAGUGCUAAACUAUUUAUAGAUGACACAAAGUCUAGAUUAAGAACACCUGCCAUGCGGUGUGGGGAGAGUGACAAAGUCUAGAUUAAGAACACCUGCCAUGUGGUGUGAGUAGAGUGACAAAGUCUAGAUUAAGAACACCUGCCAUGCGGUGUGAGGAGAGUGACAAAGUCUAGAUUAAGAACACCUGCCAUGCGGUGUGGGGAGAGUGACAAAGUCUAGAUUAAGAACACCUACAAUGCGGUGUGAGGAGAGUGCAUUUUUGCUCUCCAAAUACCCAUCUAUUGUUUAUUCUUUAUUUGUUUCUUUGGUCUAUCACUCACGAUCAGCCAGGGUAAUUGUUACGCGAGGUCCAUAGGUUACAUUACUCUGAUAACUGCUAUAGGCUUCAUUGCUUCAAUAACUACUAUAGGUUUUACCAUUUCAUUAGCUGCUCUAGGUUUCACCACUCUCAUAACUGCUAUAGGUUUCACCAUUCCAAUAACUACUAUAGGUUUCAUUACUUCAGUAACUGCUAUAGGUUUCACCAUUCCAAUAACUGCUAUAGGUUUCACCACUCCAAUAACUGCUAUAGGUUUCACCACUUCAAUAAGUACUAUAGGCUUCACCAUUUCAAUAACUGCUCUAGGUUUCAUUACUUCAAUAAUUGCUAUAGGUUUCACCAAUCCAAUAACUACUAUAGGUUUCCUCAUUUCAAUAACUGCUCUAGGUUUCAUUACUUCAGUAAUUGCUAAAGCUUUCACCACACCCAUAACUGCUAUAGGUUUCACCACUCCAAUAACUGCUAUAGGUUUCACCACUCCAAUAACUGCUAUAGGUUUCACCACUCCAAUAACUACUAUAGUUUCACCACUCCAAUAACUGCUAUAGGUUUCACCACACCCAUAACUGCUAUAGGUUUCACCACUCCAAUAACUGCUAUAGGUUUCACCACUCCAAUAACUGCUAUAGGUUUCACCACUCCAAUAACUGCUAUAGGUUUCACCACUCCAAUAACUGUUAUAGGUUUCAUCAGUCCAAUAACUGCUAUAGGUUUCACCACUCCAAUAACUGCUAUAAGUUUCACCACUCCAAUAACUACUAUAGGUUUCACCACUCCAAUAACUGCUAUAGGUUUCACCACUCCAAUAACUGCUAUAGGUUUCAUCAGUUCAAUAACUGCUAUAGGUUUCAUCAGUUCAAUAACUGCUAUAGGUUUCACCACUCCAAUAACUGCUAUAGGUUUCACCACUCCAAUAACUGCUAUAGGUUUCACCACACCCAUAACUGCUAUAGGUUUCAUCACUCCCAUAACUACUAUAGGCUUCACCACUCCAAUAACUACUAUAGGUUUCACCACUCCAAUAACUGCUAUAGGUUUCAUCAGUUCAAUAACUGCUAUAGGUUUCACCACUCCAAUAACUGCUAUAGGUUUCACCACUCCAAUAACUACUAUAGGUUUCACCACUCCAAUAACUACUAUAGGUUUCACCACUCCAAUAACUACUAUAGGUUUCACCACUCCAAUAACUGCUAUAGGUUUCAUUACUUCAGUAAUUGCUAAAGCUUUCACCACACCCAUAACUGCUAUAGGUUUCACCACUCCAAUAACUACUAUAGGUUUCACCACUCCAAUAACUGCUAUAGGUUUCAUCAGUUCAAUUGUCACGUUGCUCUCAUAAUUGGUUCUAACGUUAACAUUUUCAUAACUGAACUCUCCAAUUCUGACAUUCUAGUGCUAUUGACUUUUUAGGUCAUCUGAGACGAAGUCAAUAUUAGGUCUGUAGCAUGCUCAGAUGAAGGGCUAUCAAGUUUUUCCAAAUGGUCGACCUUUACCUUCAUGCAAGGAUACAGGGGCCGUAUAUGCUAAAAUAUAUCAAAACUCAGGUGACUGUUAAGGCCCAGGGGCCUCUUGUAUUUUCAAGAUUGUAGAAUUCCAAGUGUUUGUUCAUCUUCAAUAAUACCACAUACUCUGAAUUAUAAUGGUCUACAAAAUUUUGGACUUGGUUUGUCAUGUUCAUUCUCCUGAUAUAGAUGUUCAUCCUUUUUGGGUGAUCAAGAUUAUUCACGUAAUCCACUUGUAUGCUUAAAUCUCCUGUAGAAUAAAUCUUUACUAUCAUGUACUUUGUAUGCUCUGUUUAAAUACGUAAAGUGCUUCAUUAGAUGUAUUGUUCAUAAGAUGACUUUGUUUAUACCGUAUGCCAUAACUGGGUAUUUUGUUUAUACAGUACCGCUGUCAUACCAGGUAAACUGAAUACUUUGUGUAUAUGUUCAUUACACUUUUCAGAUUAUGUGACAACUUGUUUAAGCAUUUAUUAAAGUUACUGACCACAGCACUGAGGUACUUUUACACAUUUGUACCAUGUCAAAAAGGUCACAAAAGCACACAAUAGCUUUCAUUCACCGGGUAUUACUUUGGCAUACCUUACAUUGUAAUAGACAGUGAUGUGCAUGAUUUAUAAUGUAAUAAACAGCGCUCAGCAAUA